GUUACAAUGCACCAAUUAUAUAUAUAAUAAAUAUUCCUACUACCAAUACUAUCCAUACCUCAUAUAAUUAUCAUCUGAUAAAAAAAUUUAAUUUUUGUAUGGAAUAAAAUUUUUUAACGGACAAAUACACAUAGUAUAUACUUAGGUCACCGCUUUCGGUUUAUUAGGGAAAGUACCUUUUGCUGGUUACUAUGUGUAUUCGGAUUUCAAUUAAAAAGUUAACAGAGCUUUGUAACGUUAGUUUUUACAUUGAAAAGAUGUCUUAGGCAUUCUCAUCAUGUCUUCUCCGCUGUCCUUCUUAUAUGUAUCACUGGUAAUGACCGUUCUGCUCCAGUACGUUAUGGCUUGUCUUUAGCAAUCCUAUCGAGAUUGCAUGUUCUUACUUUCGCUGGCAUGGAACAUGGUCUAGGGGGUCUUCCAUGACAAGUUCUGCGAAGACCUUUCCCUGGAAAAAAAUGAUUUAAUCCAGGAGCUUGUACUUAGACCAGUGUCAUAUUCCGGUGCACGUUCCCCCAGCCAUCAGGUAAGCCAUCGUCCUCUUACAGCGGCUUUCGCUGCAAUACCAGUGCAGCCGUUAGAACCGGCGACAGGCAUCACUUAGCAUCCUUCUUCAUGCCGAAGGAGCCGAGGAAUAUCGCCCAUCAGUAUGGUUUCAUCUACGUCCUCAGAUUUCUCAUCCAUGACAUGUUUAUCUGGGCUGCUUCUAGACUAUUCACGAUUAUAUUAUUGGGGUCAGUUACCAAAAUUGGAUUUCACUCAGAGUUGUUUGUAAUUAUCUAUUUAUUUAAUGUGUAUUUAGAAUCCUCAUCGUACCAGUUGUUUUUCCCACCUUUUCGAAACCCGGUAGUUUCGUUUGCAGUUGUACAUAGAGAGAGUGCGAAAUUCCAACCUACCGAGUUGCUGAUGAGUGCUCUCCAAGUGCAGGAAUGUAAGCCGAGUAGAAAAUCAAUCGGAUAUCUGUUGUGAUUGCUGCUUUUCGACUUCGAAAAGUCCUUGUGUUUGUGGACGACGUUUUUUCCUGCAAAGAGACGGGUGCGUAUCUUUGCUACCAAAAGAUAGUGGUACAUCUCGAUGUUGUGCCCUCGGAGUGUACAGACGCCAAGAACACUAGAGACAUACCGUCCGUCUAUCGCAACAUGACACUUCUGGUUUUAAAUUUUUCGAUUUGAAGACAGCCAGGUAGCUUGAUGAAUUUUAUCGCACUGGAAUCUAGUACUACAGACAACCAUAUUUCUGGUCCCAGCGAAGUCGAUGAUCCUCAACCCAUUUGGGGAUAUUUCAAUCUGGAUGCUGCAAUUUUCCGAGAGUUUCACCCACUCUUAAACCAAAUAUGUCGCUGUGUGUCGACGGCUUCCACUCUUUUAGCCACUAAUUUAGAUACGCCAAGUGAAUAUUCCACUCAUUAGAUGCCUGAAAUGCCUCUUGGUAUUCCAACUUUGAGAUCUCUAGAUAACAUUUCUUCGACAUCUGACUCCUUUUUGUUAGUAAAACGCCGUCGAUGUCCAGCGUGGAAAUGUAAUAGCCUAUUUCGUCCAUUGAUAUACUAGACGUAAUAAAACGGUAUAUUUAUGUAUGUAUGCAUCAGCCAUUCACACCCAAAUUGAACAUUUUAUUAAAUUAUUAAUUUCCGAAGUUAAAUAAUUACCGUAUCCAAAUAUUUAUUUUGCCUGUUUAAAUAUUUUCAAUUUGAAACCAAGAAAGUAAUAAUGGUAAAUAAAUAGCGCGGAUAUGAAACCAACUAUUUCGCCAAACGGUUAACGUUUAUGACAACCCUGUGACAAAAGUUUCACGCGUCGUUUGCGCCAUUUGUAACGUUUAUCCGUUAUAACCGUGUGAUGAUCAAUUUGUUGAAAUUAUUUACAUCGAUCGAGUGAAAUUUAAAUUACCGAAUUACUUGUUAAUAAAAACAAUAAUGGCAGAAACCGAUGAGCUCAAGCGUCUUGAACAUCAAUUAUAUGAAUACCAUCCCGAAUUAAAACGUGAUAGUGAGGACCUAAAGUUAGAGCGACGUAAUCGUUUAUUUAUGCAGUUACAUUCUAGUUAUCCUGAAGUACAAUUACUUCCAUUGGAUCCAGUGGUUGCGCUUACAAACAUAAAACAACUGUUAGAAAAGUGUAAAGAUGCUGCCAACGAUCACAUUCAAACCAAUUACCCAGACUCAGAGUUAAUGUCGCCCGCCUUGUCUUUGAUAGAGUCAAGUGGCGAUGAAUACUUUGGUUGCCAAAGGCCACGACGGGUGGCUGCGCGUAAACGAAGAGCAACUUCGAGUGUAUAUAGUAACACUGAUAUUGUGGAGUCACAUAAUAAUGGAAAGCAAACAGAUGCGCCCCUUUCACUAUCAAUAUUAAUACCAAAAGUUGCAAAAUGCACAGAUAAAGUAGAUAAAAUGGAAAUUUCUAUAGAUUUAGGUUGUCUUGAGGCUUCUCAGCGAUUAUUUAGUAAACGGGUUGAUGGCAUACUGCGUAAUAGUACAAAUGGUAGUCAUAUGCUAGAUUAUGCCACGCACAAGGAAAGAGAGAAUGCGACUAACCGGCAUUUGCAGGAAAAUAUCGCAAUAUCAACAAACACAAUUGAACCUAGUAAUGAAAAUAAUGAAAGGCAAGAAGAUGAAAUGCUAUCACGUUUAAUAUCUCAAGUGCUCGUAGAGAAUAAUGAAUCUGAAACAUUGCAGGCCACCAAUGUACUUGAUAAUAUAAAUAAUAAUGAAAGUAGUAAUUAUGAUGUGCAUAUACCUGAUCUCAUUGAAACUUCUAAGCAGCAGACUUCAAAGAAAAAGCGAACACGGAAAGAGAAAAGGUUUGGUGAUAAAGCUCCACCCAAGAAACGCGGUCGGAAACCGAAAAACAAUGCCAAAGAACAAUAUUGUGAAGAAAUUGCGGAAAUACCAAAAAGUGAUUUGGCUAAAUAUGUUGAACUUUUCUCCAACACUUGUAAUAUGGCUGGUUCAGCAACACCAGCAGCCUCGUCUUCAGUAUCUCAACAACAAGUUACCUCAACGACACAUUACUUAGACUCGAGCGAACAGCAACCUAUUACAUAUUACCUUGAAGGUGAUUGGGCAAAUGGAGGCAGCUGCCAACUCGUGCAAACGGAAAACCCUCAAAUCGAUGGCGGCCAAGAGGAAUUCAAUAUGACAGAAUUGGUGAAUUAUAUAGACAACGUAGGAGAUGCUGGUAAUGUUAUUGCCCGCGUUCUAGAUGGGCCAUCCACCUUACCAGUAUUGGUACAAGACACACAAGCACAAAAUGCUAUCAUUCCACCGCCAGCACAUGUUUCGGAUAUUCUGUUGGAUUUGUCUAAGAAAUCGACAAUAAAUUUUCCGACUGCCGAACUUCGAGAAGCACGAAUCGAAUCGCCCGAAAUUGUAGAUGAUGAUAUAAAGCCACUCGAUUUAUCUAUUAAAUCAAAUAGUUUAGUGCAUGCACUAAACGUCGAGACUCCUGGAAGGUUAAAUGUUUCAACAGAAGCAGAAGUGUUUCAUAGCAAUGAUUAUGCUUCGUUUGGGGCAGCAUUGGAUAUGCCACUGAUUGACCUUGACGAUAAUAUCAACGCAUUUAUGCAACUGACUAACAGUCAGGUGAUCACAUCAGCAACAGUUGCAGCUAAUUCUGUGACAGAUUGCGUAUUAGCAAUUGGUGCAAACAACAACAACACGCUGCCGAUAUCUGAUUUUGAAUAUCACGAAAUUCUUGCCGAAAAUAAUGUCUGCAAUAAUAAUAGCGAACUUGAAACUCGCAGUAACAGUAAAUUCAAUGACUCAUGUGAAAAUAUCACACCAACUGAAGUAAAUUUAAGUGCUUGUGUACGAAACCAGAAAGUCAAUGCUGUUACACAAAGAACGGAAACUAAUACAAAUACAUCGGACGCACACACGGAAAACACCGGAAUCGGAAAGAGGGUUGAGGUGAAUUUCUCUCAAUAUAGUUUUGAUGAGGUGAAUUCGAGUCAAGAAAGUGUUGGCGUGUUGAAUUUGAGUCAAGAGAACAUAAGUCAAGAACGUGCUGCAGGAGAUAACCAACUUUCAAAUGUAAAAUCCAAAUCAUUCGACGUAGGCUCGGCAUCUAGGGAAGCUAAAAUAGAGAAACAACCGCUCCGACCUCUGCCAGAUCAUAUUAACGAAUUACAUAGCGAUUCACGUGAUUUCCUCUUUGUUGAUACAGAUGCGCUAUUGGAGAAUAAAUUGAAAUCUAACUACGAUGUCUUAGCGAGCAGUUCAAACCUGGAUAUAAAUCAGGAAGAUUCAAAUAAAAUUGAAGAUGAAUCCACGAUUAAUGGGAAUGAAAAUAGAAAGAUUCAUAAUGAGACCGUCUUAUCGUCGGAUGCUGACCUUUCUAAAAGUAUCGAUUUAAUUGAAGAACAUCAAAGUCAUAAUGUCAGUGUGCAUUUGCCAAUGCCAGAGCUAUCAUUAGUGGAGCCAAAUUCCGAAGAAUUCGCUUUUGAUUUUGAGACGGAUUUUGAAAGCAACGAAGAAGAUCCAGAAAUACAACAGCAAUCUGAUAAUAACAACGAGCUUAACGGAUUGAGCACAAACGAUAAAAGUGUUAAAAUCGGAAACGAUUCAGGUAUAGGAAAUUCGCUGGUUUCUAAUUCGUGUGACAAAAUAGAGAGUGUGGCCAGAGAAACCAUAACUUCGGUUGAGUCGGAACUUGUAGGUGAUGAUUUUCUGCAGAGUAGAGGGAGUGAAAGGAACGGAGAAGAAACAAAGGCAAAGCCAUGUACCCACGAUAAAAAUAUAGAGACUGAUAAAAAACAACCGUCUGCUCUGGAAGAUUCUGCCAUCUGCUGUAUGCAGGAAGACUUAAAUUCCUAUAACGAAUUCGAAGCAGAAAGUCCAAAUUUAAACAAAAGCGAUUGUGAAGAAAAUGAUAUGUGUAACAUAUGCCCCGAAAUGUGUUCACAGACAGCUCAGGUAGAUCACAUGGAAAAAGUUAUUGCUCCCUCAACGCACUCUCCUCAUAGCCAUCAAAAGCCAGAUGUCUUAAAGAUAAAAGAACGCGAUAUAGUAAACAAUUUAUCUAUGCUGGAGAUGGAAUCGAAAUUAGAUGAGGAUUGUCUCGAUUUCGAAGUUGAACUCGAAGACGACGCACUAUCACUUGCAACAUCAUGUUUUGGUUCAGAUGAUGAGCGGCUGGCAGAAGUUGACAGAAAUACGCCUGGAAUCCCAAUGGCAGAUCAAAAAUACAACAUCUGUAUGGAAGCAGAAAAUAGCGAAACAGCAGGCGAUGUAGGUACAGUUAAAAUAAAAAUAGAAGAUUCUCAGGAAACAACGAAAGUGCUAAACGAAACGUUUAAAGAGUUUAAAAUACCGAAAAUUUCAUUAACUACAGCAACAACAAAACACGGUAAUGGCAAUACAAAAGCGACUAUAGCAACAGCGGCAGCAUUGCCCAUGGUCAUAUUGCCGACAAACGCAUUCAAUCAGCAAAUUAUUAAAACUGAACCAGGGGUCAGUAAACUCGUUAACUUGGAAAAAAUAACACGCACCGUACAAAAUGUAUGCGCCGUAACACCCCUAACGCUGCAACAACCAACAUUUCAGGUUACACCCAAGCCUAUUACGCAAACUCCGCUCGAUACAGUGACACCACUGUUUCGCCCCAUGCUGCAUUUGCCGGCAACUAAUCUAGAAGAUAAUGUAAACGAUUUCAAGAACUUGAAUGCACAGCAAGAUAAUUGUGAACGCGGUGAAUAUGAGGGUAACGGUGGUGAUGGCGUAAAUUAUGGUCCACCAACAAUUGUGGUUGCAAAAACUUUCGGCAUUACAUGUUUGCCAUUCUUGGUGGGCGGAUGUCUCACACAGCCAGCAUGCAAGUUCUCACACUCAUUCUGCGAUCCGGCAACUGUCAGAGCUGUAUUGGUGAAAUUAUCCGAGGUGGACUUGAGUAUUUCGUAUAAAUUCGCUUAUAAUCAUGAAAUUGUCUAUCGUAAAUAUGUGCACGAAUUCUGCAGAGUUUACGCUGAGCGUAACAAUCGCUUCAAAUUGCUGCAUAUGGUGCGCGAUUGCGAGCGUUACAAAGAUGGUGCUGAAGUUUUCGCAAUCAUAUUCCAAGGUCUGCAAUACUGCGGCCUAAACAAAGUGAAUGCGUGUCGACAAAUAUUGACCUACAGCCGGGACAGAUCUCGAAGUACCAUAGACGCUUUACUAGCUAUAAUUUUGGAAGCAGAUUGGACUAUGUUUGCUGACCAUAUAGAGAAGUUCAGCGAUAUUUCCACAUACAGUUUUCGUGUGAAUGUCCUGCAUCAAAUGGCCUCUGCUAUUUUGAAGGCGAACGAUCAACGUAUGACAUCGCUAUUCUUUAAAUGUCUGGUCAAUUUGGAUCCACACGAUGUGGGAAUCGUGCAGUCCUCACCAAUUUUAAUGCAAUUGUUGGAGUUGAUCAAAAAUGGACAAAUAUGCCGAUAAUUGUACGUACAUACGUAUUACACAUGUAUGUAUGUAUUAUAUAUAUGAGUGAGUUAGGUGUGGUGAGUUCAUUGUUUUCUUUUCAUUGAAAGUAAAGUUUUUAUAGAUUACUGUGUAAUUAAACGAUGUGCUUUAAUUUAUACUCAAUAAAUACAUGCCAACAUUUAUACAUUUAA